AAGCUGCAACACCAAAGCGACGGGGAAACAGUGCGCUGCUCUGCUCUCCUCACCGUCCUCUCCUCUCCCCUGCCGCCGCCGCGCCCCCGCUUUCCCCACCGCGCCCCGCAAACCCUACCCCUCCUCCUCGCUCCCCGGCCCGCCGCCCGCCGCCCGCCGCGUCGCCAUGAGUCGUCAACCUGAGGUGCUCUGGGCUCAACGCGCGGAAAAGGUUUACCUGACUAUCUCAGUCCCAGACGCAGAAGAUGUUGUGAUCAAGACUGAACCUCAGGGCAUCUUUAGCUUCUCAGCUGUUGCUCAUGGGGAAUCUUUUAGCUUGGCCUUGGAGCUAUUCGAUUCCGUACUGCCUGAGGGAAGCAAAACAAAGACAAAGGUGGGUUCGCGAAACAUAAUCUGUUCGAUCCAGAAAGAUAAGAAAUGUUGGUGGAAGCGGUUGCUGAAGUCAGAGGCAAAACAUCCAUACAUCAAAGUUGACUGGAACAAAUGGUGCGAUGAGGAUGAAGAGUCUGAUAAUUCGGGUUCAGACGAUGACUUUGAUGGUGGUGAGGAAAAUGACGAAAGCGAUGCUGAUGAUGGAAUGCUGUAUCUCCCUGACCUUGAGAAGCUGAGAGGGAAAUGAGCAGGCAGGCCGGGCUGGACAUAUGAAGGAAGUAGGUCGUGCUGCUGUAGCAAGUAGGCAAUCGUUAACGCUAUAUAGCAAGUAACCGUUAGCGCUAAAAAGCUGGGAUGGUGGUACCAGACUUGUGACAUGGUGCCAUGUCUUCUUAUCUACCCGAUUACUACUCUUUGGUCGUCGCUGAGCUAGGGUUCUGAAAUCUGAAUGUAGUAGCCAUGAGUCAUGGUUUGUGGCCGACUUGGUUAUCGGUGUUAUGUGGCAAGAAGAUGUCGGACAUGUAUGCUGAGCACCUUGCGGUUUCUCUGACAUGAUGGCAGAUCAUACUCAUGGGCACCUGAAGAAUUAGUGCUAGUAUUAUUAUA